CAAUCCAUCGCCCUAAUCUCUAAUUCUGCUAAGCUCGUCGCCGACGGAAGGAAAACUCCCGCUCAUGAAAUUCACCGGAAGAGUUCUCCACCCACGCCCUAAUUUUCCUUCGCCAAUCCACCGGCGGAAUACUCUGUCCAGCUGACGAAGUUCUCUACUCCACAUCCGUUGUUGUGCCACUCAAGGACGAAGAAGAAUGCACAUCUUUGCCCCUAGCCCAAUUGCAGAUCGUGGACAAUAGGAUGACUUGCCCGGCGACGGGAUUGGUAUUAGCAGGGAUACGGUGAUGGGAUUCCUUCUUCCUCCUCAAGCUCGCCAGAAACAGAGGUUGGCCGUGACGAAGACGAAACUGAAUCCGACGGAUGCGACCUUCUCCUUCCUCCUCGGCUCGGCAGCAGAGUCUCGGCGGCAGAGGUUCGACCUUCGUUCUUCUCGCGGUGGCUGGGUGCGCCGUGGCGUCCGGUUUGGUUCUCUUGCCUCGGAGCCGCCGACUGGCUAGGCAGAGAAUGGAAUCGGAGGGCGGCGGCAGCUUUUCGUCGGAAGCAGAGCAAGGAGGCACGAAACUGAUGGGGGUAAGGGCGGCGUUGAUUGCCGGGGAAAGGGCGGCGGGGAAGCGAAAGAAGGAGGAGGGGCUGGCGGGUUAGGGCUGUGAUUGUCAGGGGCAAUAUCGUCCGUUCAGAACAGCUUAGGGCUAUAAUUUUAAAAAUUUAGGGCGUCGAUUAGAAGUUCAGUUAUUGUUCCCCAACGUAAAACCCUAUGUUCACCCCUUCUUCUAAUUAACGAGCAGCAGCGGA